AUGGCUCGCCAAAGACAACGCGGGAGUAGCGGACACAAGCACGGGAACGAAAGAGACCGCAAUCAACAACAGUCUGAUCACCGAGGUGGAUAUGAUGGUCGCCAGGACAGAACCACGUAUUACAAGAACUAUUAUGAAUGCGGCGGUGGACCAGGAAAUGCCCAUCAGAAUAUGGGGCACGACCAGCAACAGCAACAGGAUACCCGCAACGGUGGACGCAGGCCGCAGAAUCUUCACCGGGGGCAGCAUCAUCGUGAGCAUCGAAGGCAUGAUCGUGACCAAGGUUGUGAACAGGGUAGUUGGCAACAUGGGGGGAGAGGUGAAGCAGUUAAAGGGCGACGCAGAGUCCGCUGGGCAGAUCAAGAUAGGAAUGACCAACAAAGACAGCCCAACAAUCAGCGGGAGGAGCGGCAACCGAACUCCCAAAAAUGUCCUGACAGCGAUGUUCAUCGACAGCAAACUCAGCGCUACCAGUACCCUCUUGAGAGGCGGCAGCAGCAGCAGCAGCAGCAGAGACAACAAGAGCGGACCCGGGAAAUGAGGGAGUAUUUGGACCAAGACGAGCUCGAUGCGUCGGACGACGAAGUUCUCGAGGACGCGCCCCCUCUGCAAGAACCGGACAGGCCGAACUACGGAUGGGAACAUGGCUGGUAUCAGCAGCACCCAAUACACACGGGCAUUUUCGGCCUAAGGGAUCAGACCGUGCAGGCGUGGCAGUGGCAGCAGGAGGAGCAGCAAGAGCAGCAGCAGCGGCGGCGGCGGCGGCACCGGGGGCGACAACAACCGUCUGGAUAUGAGGACUGGCUCCGGGACCGAGACGGAAUCCGCAAUAAGGAUGUUGCCGAUUGGAAUCGGGGCCAGAGGCGUCAGCUGGAAGAACAGCGGGAAUCUCUCUGCCACCUCUACUGCGAAGCAGAAAAAGCCAAGGCGAUGCUCCAGGCCGCGCACGAGGAACGGCAGCGUCAGUGUCAGCAGCAGCAGCAGAAAUCUCGGUCACGCCCGUGGUUCCAACAAGAACAAGAACAAGAACAACAACAACAACAACAACAACAACAACAACAACAACAACAACACCUCCUCCCCAUUCUAGGCCAACAACUGCACACCCCGCCCCGGACGCCGUCUCCCUCUCCUCUGCCCUCUCCUCCGUCACAGACGCCUGUCGUGGCCGGGGCCGGGGCCGGGGCCGGGGCAGCACGCAGCAGCCCGGAGGGGGUAAUAGGGGCGGCGGAGCUGACGCACGCGCAAAAGAUCCUGCACCUGCUCGUGUACACGACGCAGCUGCGGCGGGCGGUGGGCCGGACGGCGGGGCUGGUCGUCGGGGCGCACGAGGAGGCGGGCCUCGCCGCCGCCGCCGCCGCCGCCUCCUUCUUCGACGGGCUCGUCGCCGCCGUCGACCGCGUCACCGACCGGCUCGACGCGCUCUGGCGCGCCGCGCACAGGGCCGACCACGCCCGCGGCGGCCACGCCGGGGGCGACGAUGGCUAUGGCUUCCCCCUGGACGGCGACGGGAUCCCGGUCCAGACCGAAUUCUGCGCCGCCUGGGAGCGGAUCGUCGACGGGUACGGGGAGGUGGUCAGGCGGGAGCAUGCCCUCUUCGCCGCGGAGGACCCCCUCGGCGGGGGCGGAGGGCGUGGGGAAGAGGAGUGGAGGGACUAUCUCGCGGCGUUGGGGGUGUUUGGGGACAGGGUGGGGGCGUUCGGGGAGCGGCUGAGAGGUUUCUAA